AUGCGAGAGCCCUCUGAGAAGUCCAAGAAGGCGAAGAAAGCUAAGUUGGGAGAAUCAUCUGGAUCAAGACCACCAGUUCCUCUGGUUGGCUCUCCAGGUAAGUCUGUAUCUCUCCCUCCCUCCGUCAAAAUUAAACCUAUUGCUUAUUCUCUUCCCCAAACAACCCCUAUAUACACCUCUGCUGAAACUCCUCCCUCAACCACCAGAUCUUCUAACCCACAAUCUCUGAAAUUCAACCUCGCCACCAUAACCUUACCUGUUUCAGAAGCAAAAAUGCUGAAUGAAACCACCUCACCAUCAUCAUCACCAUCUCCUCAAUCCCCACCUUACUACGAACUCUCAUCUGAUACUGAACCAUCUGACCCUCAAUCCCCCACUCUGGCUCAGCUCCAAGACCGUGCUCUAGCCUCUCAAAAGCCAUCACAUCUUGACCCCGAACCUGAUGUCACUUCCCCACCUCAAGAACAUCCAAAUCCAACCACAUCUGAACCACAACCAUCGGAACCAACCCACUCUGAAAGACAACCAUCAGAACCAACCCACUAUGAACCACAACCAUCUGAACCAACCCACUCUGACAUACCACAACCCAUCACUUAUGCUAACCCAACAACUCUCACACUUAAUCUAAGUGCCCCCAUCUCACCCUUCCAAGCCUCUUCCAAUGAACCAGAAACUACCCUUCCUACCCUUGAAGAAGCAAUCAAGGAAAGUAGCUAA